CUGCGAUUGUUCUCCCCUCUCCCAACCCAGCAGCGCGCUCUCCUGCUGAAUUGGCCUUUGGUUUUGCCUCUUCUUUUUCUCCUCGAUCACCAUUUUCUCAUCAAUCCUGGUAUAACCUCCUUCCGUCAUGUCGUCGAAAUCGCCAUUGCCAACGGUCAACACCCCCGCGGAGCCCGCGAAAGCGGCUUUGCACCCAGCUUUCUACAUUGCAACCUGGAUUGCGCUCAGCUCGGGAGUCAUCAUCUUCAACAAGUGGAUUCUACACACUGCUGGAUUCAGUUUUCCUCUGUUUCUGACGACAUGGCAUCUGGUUUUCGCUACCAUCAUGACCCGUCUCAUGGCGCGGUUCACGACCCUCCUCGACUCCCGCCAUAAUGUACCCAUGACAUCGCGCGUUUAUAUGCGCGCGAUCGUUCCCAUCGGUGCUUUCUUCUCGCUGAGUCUCAUCUGCGGCAACCUAGCCUACCUGUAUCUCAGUGUUUCUUUUAUUCAGAUGCUCAAGGCUACCAACUCUGUUGCCACUCUUCUGGCAACUUGGGCUAUGGGCAUUGCGCCAGUCCGCCUGAGCUUGCUCGGAAACAUCUCCUUCAUCGUCAUCGGUGUCAUAAUCGCUUCGAUCGGCGAGAUCAAGUUUACCAUGAUCGGUUUCAUCUGCCAAUUUUUCGCCACGAUCUUCGAGUCCGUUCGCCUGGUCAUGGUUCAGCGACUUCUCAGCUCCGCCGAGUUCAAGAUGGAUCCUUUGGUUUCUCUGUAUUACUUUGCACCCGCUUGCGCUGUCAUGAACGCCAUCAUUACGGCAGUUGUGGAAUUGCCGACCAUGCACAUGUCCGAUAUCUACAGCCUUGGAGUGGGCACUCUCUUUCUGAACGCUGCCGUUGCUUUCGGACUCAACGUUGCUGUCGUCUUCUUGAUCGGCAAAACAUCUGCUCUCGUGCUUACGCUGUCUGGGGUACUCAAGGAUAUCCUGUUGGUUGUCGCAUCGAUGGUCAUUUUCCGUGAUCCCGUCACGCCCCUCCAGUUCUUCGGCUACGCUAUCGCUCUUGGUGGCCUCAUCUACUACAAGCUCGGGAAGGACGGGGUUACUUCGCUGUUGGCUCAAAUCCGCUACAAUGUUGUUGGGGGUGCUCGGCCAUAGUCUGCCUGCAUUCCGACAAUGAGGGUGCUGACCGUGCUGUAAUAUCAAGGUAUCCGCAGUUGAUGAUACUUUUUUUUCCGAUGCGGAUUUGAAAUGAGGAUCAUGACCCGCAAAGUCUAAUUAUGCAUAUAGAAAUGAUCCGUGCAUAGAGGUGGAAACUCGGAGGUGUAUAUAAUGGUGUAAUGC